AUGGGAACCUUCCACUCUCAAACAAACAUUACCUUAGUUGUUUUCAUGGAUUAUCUUACACAUCUGUUCAAACACAAACCUCCGUUUGCCUUCUCAACAAUUAACGGUCAUCGCUCUAUGUUGAAUCAGUUGUUACUCCUUAGGAAUCAAACUGAUAUUGCUAAUGAUCCAUUCAUCACAAGAAUUAUGACUGGCAUUCACAAGUUGCGUCCUUCAUCUGCAAAGUAUAAAGAGAUAUGGGAUGCAAAUCAAGUAUUCAAGCACUUAUCUACUAUCAAAGUCAUCCCCAAGUACACAUACACUGCGCUAUUAAACAAGACACUUGUACUCUGUAAAAUGUUUGGUUUAGCAAGAUCAUCAGACUUGGUGAAGUGGUCGUUCAAAGGUCUCAUUAUUACUACUGACUCAAUCAAAGGUCCAGUUAUUAAUGCUAAAGAACAAAGAAGUGGUGUUGUUUCAAUCUUAGAAUUAACAUCUUUAGAUGAUACAAACUCUCAAGUAUGCCCUGUUCGCCACCUUGCAACAUACCUUAGAGCCUCUAAAGGAAGAAGAAAGCCCCAUUCGGGUGACUCUGUCUUUAUUAAGAAUGAGGGCUCCAAGUUAAUGAUAUUAACUCAAUUGUAUUAUCAACACUCUCAAAGUCAGGUAUUGAUAUUGUCAAGUUCAAAUCUCACUCUACCCGUUCCGCUAUGGCUUCUCUGCUGUUGUCAAAUAACUUUCCGUUCCACGUUGUCAAGAAGUUGUCCCAUCCCACUCUCCCUUAGUCGGAAUUCCAUAAAUCAAAUUGUUUUAGUUUUUAGUGCCACUAUUUAUACGUUUUUAUUUUCUUAA